AUGGCAUCUCACUCCCCUGCUCGGUCCAUGAUGCGGACCUUCAUCCGCAACUAUUCCGCCCCAGUGGACUCCUCCAUCCCAGCCAACAAGGUCAAGUAUGUCCCGACGUCAGGCACGUAUCCCAAAGGGUUUCGCGUGAGCGGCACAUAUGUGGGUGUGAAGGCCUCAAACACGUCCAAACCCGACCUCGCCUUUAUAACAUCCGACACUCCAGCGUCCGCCGCUGCCGUCUUCACAACCAACAAAUUCCAAGCAGCACCUGUGCAGAUCAGCAAGUCGGUUCUUCAAGCUCGAGGUGGCGCCAACCUCCGCGGCAUCAUCAUAAACUCAGGAUGUGCAAACGCCGUGACGGGCAAAGGCGGCAUGGACGACGCCCAAGCCAUGUCCGACACUGCCACCGCACAGUUCCAGCAAGGAGCCCAGCCAGAGGACAAUCUCGGAUCAACCAGUCUCGUCAUGUCGACAGGAGUGAUCGGCCAACGCCUCCCCAUCAAGAAGAUCCUGGCUGGAAUCCCGACGGCGUAUUCUAAUCUGGACAACGACCACAACGCGUGGCUGACGACUGCAAAGGCGAUCUGCACGACCGACACCUUUCCCAAACUGCUCAGCACGACGUUCACGCUUCCCUCGACCGCGCACAAGGGCACACGAUACACCCUGGCCGGCAUGACCAAAGGCGCAGGCAUGAUCCACCCGAACAUGGCGACUCUGCUAGGCAUCCUGUGUACCGACGCGCCCGUCUCGCCCGGCGCCGCACAGUCCCUGCUCACCGACGCCGUGAACAAGUCCUUCAACUCCAUCUCCAUCGACGGCGACACGAGCACCAACGACACGGUCGCUCUUCUCGCCAACGGCGCCGCGUCCCCGUCGCCCGACACGCCCGCCAUCGCCGACGACGCCUCCAACGAAGACUAUGCUGCCAUGUCGUCCGUGCUGACCUCGUUCGCCCAGCGGCUCAGCCAGCUCGUCGUGCGGGACGGCGAAGGCGCGACCAAGUUCGUCCAGGUCACCGUCCGCCACGCGCCGUCCCACGCCGACGCAAAGGCCAUCGCGAGCACCAUCGCGCGCUCCCCGCUGGUCAAGACGGCACUGUACGGCAAGGACGCCAACUGGGGCCGCAUCCUCUGCGCCAUCGGCUACACGCCGGGCAUCUCCCCGGACGCCGUAGUGCCCAGCAAGACGAACGUGAGUUUCGUGCCGGCCGAGACCUCCAAGUCCAAGGACGAAGGCGUCCUCGACCUCCUUGUGAACGGGGAGCCCGAGGCCGUCGACGAGGACCGCGCCGCUCGGCUGCUCGAAGACGAAGACCUGGAGAUCGUCGUCGACCUCGGUACCGGGGACGAAGAGGCAAAGUACUGGUUCUGUGAUUUCAGCCAUGAGUACGUCACUAUCAACGGUGAUUAUAGGACGUAG